GAACAACAUUUAAAACAAGAGUUCUAAAAAAAAGGUAGAUGUUAAUAAAAUUGCCCCGAGUAAAGCAGAUACUAAAUUACGCUAUACAUUACAUUUCCUGAAAUUCCGGCUGCAUGCUGUAUAGAUGCAAAGUAGGUUUAUGUAAUUUUAACUUAAGUAUAAAUUAGGAAACACCUUUAACUGAAAAAAAAAAAAAAAAAAAAAAAAAAUCAACUUUGGCCCGGAGGUGGUGGGGGAAAUAAGGUAGUUCUAUUCAUUUAACUUAUUUCCUUUAACUAUCAACACUGAGCACCUGGUUUAACCACCUGUUAGUGUCCGUUGGCAGUUUCCUGCCCUACCUGUAUCACACACCAAAAAUAGCCUUCAUCAAGACAGCUGGCUUAUACUCACUUGGCAUAUAAAACAUUUGUCCAUUCAUGGCUCUGAAUCUGAGAGAUGUUUCUUUGUGUUGCGUGUGGAUCAUCAGUGUUGCCUCUUUUAAGGUGAAUGUUCCUGAAAGGUGUCUGGUGGCAAUCCGAGGUCGUCCAGCUUUACUGGGCUGUGAGUUCACACCUGAUCCUGACCUGUCUAGUCUGGUUGUUACCUGGCAACGUCAGGAAGACUCAAAAGUCAUCCACAGUUUCUAUUAUCAACAGGACAAUUUGGACAGACAGAGUCCAGAAUACCACAAUCGGACUUCAUUGUAUAUUUCAGAGCUUGGUAAAGGAAAUGCCUCUUUAAGAAUAAAUCCAGUUGGACCAAAGGAUGCAGGCCGGUACCUGUGUCAAGUGAGCAAUGCUAAAGGGACAGGAAAAGCUCUGAUAGAGCUGGACUACGGGGCCUUUUAUUCAGAGCCUAGGCUCAACAUUUAUGUGAAUUCCACUACUGUGACAGUGCAGUUUGAGACAGAAGGUUUCCCCAAACCUGAGGUGAUCUGGCUGGGGGAAAACAACCAGAAUCUCAACUAUCACCUGGAGAUCCACGACCAGACAGAAGAUGGACUUUAUUACAUAAAGAGCAGUUAUGAGGCCCAGAAGCCAGUGGUUAAUGUUACAUUUACACUAAAGAAUCACCUCCUGAACCAGAACCUGCAGAGACUGGUAUUCCUUAGCUUUGGUAAAGACCUUCUUUCACUCUGAACUAAAUUCAUGUCAGAAGGCAAUCACUAUAGAAUGGGGUCAGCAGUGUAAAAUUGUGAUAUUAAAAUUCAAAUCCAUACACCAUGAAAAUUGAAGUAUAACAGCCAUUGUUAUGGUUUGUCUAUAAUGAAUGCUUGCUGUAUAGAAUUAGAUGUUCAAAGCCUGUUAAAGUAACACUGAAUAGGUGCUAUAUGACUGAAUGGAUUUAAACAUGGUAAAAUGACUUAAAAAGAGCUAAAUGCAGCUGGGCAUUGCUCAUUUAAAUAUUGAAUGAAAAUAAAAGGUUUUUUUACCCUUUAUAUCAUAAACCCCUAAAUACACACAAAUAUUAUUUAUGUUCCAUGAUAUAUUUUCAGUACAAUUCAUCAAAGCCGUUGCCUAUGCUGUCAUCAUUGCAGUCUUCUCCUUAUUUAUUGAUAGUUGAGGACAAGUGCCUACAGAGAAUUUAUGUGUUUACUGUGUCAACACAGACGGCGCCAGAAAAAUUCCUUUAAUAAGUCCAAAGAUAAUACUGUAGUUUCUAAGAUAAUCUAGAAGAACGCUUAUUUGAAACAGGAGUAACGACAGAGUGCAACAGUUGGAAUGUGGGCGGUUUGGCUUGGAUUUGUAACGCAUGUAUGGCAUGACCAAUUAUUUUCUAAGCCUUUUCUUGUUUGUUAGACAAAAGUUAAAUGCUCCUAUACGCUUACUAUGGAAAUGCUAAAAUGUGUUUAAAAGUGUGACUGACCAAAUCAAUUGGCUCAAUUUGCCCCCCCCAGGCUCAAAUAUCAAGCUAUGCCAUUGCAUGUGAUAUAUAACUGCAAUAAGAUGAAACAUGCAUGUAAAGCUUUACACACACCAUCAUUAACUGACAUGGUUCAUCAGAGGGAAAGCGCUCAGGUUCGCCUCCACACUGUUGCCAAACCACUGAGAAGAAAACAAGUGCAAAUCUUGAUUUGUAGUUUUGUCCUCAUCUGAAACAGAAGACGACACUUUGGUGUUUGAGAUUAUGUCACAUCAAGAUGGAUAUUACUAUAUCUCACAAUAUAAAAGAACAUAAAAGCAUUUAAAAUUACUACUACAAAAGCACUGAGCUUUAAAACCCUGAAAUUCUAUUAAUCUGGCUUGUAAGCAAUCACUAGGUAUGACUAUCUUGCCAUAACUUAUAUUGAGGACACAGUAUAUGGAUAUAUUGAAAAUAAUUUACUGUAUGUACAAUCUGUUGUUUACAGGACAAAUAACCAUCACCACACAGGCACAUAUUGCAAAACUUUUCUAAAUGCUGGAUUUUUUCUUGUGAAUAAACUGAAUUAUGAUAUUAAUAUCACUGACUACAUUGAUAAUUUUGCACCAUUGUAAUCACAAUGUGCUG